UCUUUGGUAAUAGAGAGAGAGAGGCCAGAAAAAAUCUUGGCCAUAGAUUUAUCAUCUGUUUCCGAUUCGUUUUGAUUCUUACUUUAUCUUCUUCUUCUUCUUCUUCUUUUUGAAUCUUCUAUCUAUCUCUUCUCACUUUUCUUUUUCACUUUUGGGGAAGCUCAAAGAGCUGGGAGGAGUGAGAGAAAGAGAGAGAGAGAGAGUGAAGGUUCUAUUGAAGUCGCCGGGAUUGUUUUAAACCGGAGCUCCGACUACUCUUCUCUCUCUCUUCUACUGUUCUUUCUUCUUCGUCUUCUUUAAUCACUUCAUGCUCUGUUUUCGAGUGUUUCUCUUAUUCAUCAAACUGUUUCUACUGGCUCUCCUAGUGAUUGAUUUCAUCGAUUUCCAUGCGUUUAAGGCCUAAAAGGACUUGUUCUGGUGUAAACAAUUUUGAAGGACGUUUCUUGUUCUUGUUCUUGAGAUUUUGAGGCUUUUUUCGAAUUUUGAGAGAGAGAAAAAUUUAGGGUUUUUGAGGGGAGAUUGGUUUUGAAUUUUCGCACACCAAGUGUUUGAUAAAAUGGCUGAAAGAAAGAAACGGUCUUCUGUUCAAACCAAUAAACCCUACAAAAAACCCAUGAAGAAGAAGUCUUUGCAGCUAAAUCACCUCCCUGGUUUAUCUGAAGAUUUGAAGACUAUGAGAAAAAUCCGUUUCGUUGUGAAUGAUCCUUACGCUACUGACUACUCAUCAAGCGAAGAAGAUGAAAGAGCUCAGAGAAGGAAACGUUACGUCUGUGAGAUUGACCUUCCUUUCGCUCAAGCAUCCGCUACUCAAGCUGAAUCUCAAAACUCGUUUUGUCAGGAGAGUACUAAUAAUAAUAAUGGUGUAAGCAGAACCAAAACCAAAACUUCAGCUUGUAGCAAAAAGGUUUUAAGCAGCAAACCCACUAGUGUCUCCAAGCCUGUUGGUGUUAGGCAGAGGAAAUGGGGUAAAUGGGCUGCUGAGAUUAGACAUCCAAUCACCAAAACAAGAACUUGGUUGGGUACUUACGAGACGCUUGAACAAGCAGCCAGUGCUUAUGCUGCUAAGAAGCUUGAGUUUGAUGCUUUGGCUGCAGCCACUUCAGCUGCUUCCUCUAAUAAUGUGUCUGAGAAUGCUCUUUCGGAUUCGAAUAUGUCUGGUUCUCUGAUCUCAGCCACAGGGUCUAAUGUUGAAGCUGUGUCAAGCAAUAAUCUUGACAAGAAGCUACUUGACUCGACCAUCGAUCAAGAAGCUGGUGAAUCGAAGAAAGCGAGUUUUGGUUUUGAUUUCGCGGAUCUGCAGAUUCCUGAAAUGGGUUGCUUCAUUGAUGAGUCCUUGAUCCCUAAUGUGUGUGAGCUUGAUUUUCUCUUAACUGAAGAGAACAACCAACUGUUGGAUGAUUACUGUGGGAUAGAUGAUCUGGACAUCAUUGGUCUUGAGUGUGAUGGUCCAAGCGAGCUUCCAGACUAUGAUUUCUCAGACGUGGACAUCGAUCUUGGUCUCAUUGGUACCACCAUUGACAAGUUUGGCUUCGUUGAUCACAUUGCAACAACUACUACCACCCCUCUUAAUAUCGCGUGCCCAUAAGUUUUGCAGCUAGGUGUUACUAUUAGCUAUAGGAGCAAAAGUAAAAAAAGCUCUUUGUUACUCGGUUUUGUCGUUAAGUUAUUACAGUAUAGCAGAGGCAGUUAAUCUCAGGGGAAGCAAAAAACCCCUUACAGAUAGAAGCAGAUGCAGUUUUGUGUGUUGGUGUUACUAAAGAAAGUUUUGUUGACAUAAUGGUUUUUUGAUAUUGUGGAGAAGAUAGAGAGUGGUGAGAACGAAAUUGUAACCUCAGGUGAAAAGCCUUUUAGAUGUAUUCUAUUUCGUAAGCUCUCUCGAUCUUUGUAAGUUUUGCCUAUUGAGAGUUAUUGAUAUAUGUAUGUGAAAACUACUUUAUUGUUUUCUGCUACAUGCAUAGAACUAUAGAAGGUUUCUACUUAAGACUUAAGAGGAUAUAAACUGAAGUGGUUGUCUAAGUGAAAUGUAAAGCCUUUUGUGUGGGUUUAGGCU